GCAUAAUAAUUGGGACUUAAAAUCAACUCUAUUUGGGUAAUCGGGACCUCUGACAAAAGGUAAAAUUCCAAUGAUAUGGGUGCAUUAUUUUCAAAGCUGUGCAACCUGUUCUUAUCCAACAAAGCCAUACAAACGCUCAUAAACAUUCUCCACCACUCACCACAUUCCGACACAAACAUGGAACUAGAACCUAUACUUCACCGAACAGUAACCGCAAAUGGCAUAAACAUACACAUAGCCGAAAAGGGUCAAGGUCCACUAAUCCUCUUCAUCCAUGGCUUCCCGGACCUAUGGUAUUCAUGGCGCCACCAGAUCACUUUUCUAUCUUCCCGCGGUUACCGCUGUGUGGCCUUAGAUCUCCGCGGAUACGGCGACACCGAUAUACCUACCUCACCAACAUCCUACACUAGUCUUCAUGUCGUCGGGGACAUCAUCGGACUUAUUGAUGCCAUUGCGGCUGAUCAAGAGAAAGUGUUUGUUGUUGCUCAUGAUUGGGGUGCUGUUACGGCUUGGUAUCUUUCCCUUUAUCGCCCUGAACGAAUCAAAGCUCUUGUUAACUUGAGUGUUGCUUUUACUCCAAGAAACCCCAAAAGAAAGCCACUAGAUACCCUUAGAGCUGUCUAUGGUAAUGACUACUAUGUCAACAGAUUUCAGGAGCCUGGUGAUAUAGAACAAGAGUUUGCUGAGAUUGGCACCGAAAGAGUCUUGAAGGAAUUUUUCACCUACCGUAAUCCUGGUCCACUUUAUUUACCUAAGGGUAAAGGUUUUGGACAUCCAAAUGAUUCUCCUAUAGUGUUGCCUCCAUGGUUAUCUGAAGAAGAAUGCAAAUUCUAUGCUUCCAAAUUUGACAAAACUGGCUUCACAGGAGCGUUGAAUUACUAUAGAAAUAUAGAUCUAAACUGGGAGCUUACUGCUCCAUGGACUGGUGCUAAAGUGAAAGUUCCAGUUAAGUUUAUUGUGGGUGAUCUUGACCUUACCUAUAAUGCGCCUGGCGCAAAAGAUUACAUUCACAAAGGUGGGCUGAAGAGAGAUGUGCCACUUCUUGAUGAUGUGGUUGUAAUUGAAGGGGCAGGGCAUUUCAUCCAUCAAGAAAGGGCUGAUGAGAUUAACAAACAUAUCUAUGAUUUCUUCAAAAAAUUCUAAUUUGCUUUAUUGGUGCUUAUUGAAUGUGUGUAUUUGUUCCUUCUCUGAUUGCAUCUUGUGUGUUUAUGAACUCCUCAAGCUUAGGUCUUAUUAAGUGUGAAUUGAAUAAUGUCAAUGUACAUGUCUUUGAACUUUUUCAUGCUCAAGAUUUAUUAAGAGUACAUGCCUCAAGAUUUAUUAAUGAGAAUAAUGCAUUGUCAA